AUGGGAAGAUUUCAGGAUAAUAUCAAAAACAGCUGGAAAUUACCUCUUGGAAGAUAUAAUGAGGAAACUUUAUGCAGUGACGAGCAUUCAGUGACAUCACUACUGCUUGAAAUCGGUCCAGAUUGGAUCGAGGCAGAUCAGAGUGGAUUGAUUGAGAUUGGUGAUGAUAGAGGGAGUCGAUUGAGUCAUCACCCUCCGGUCCAAGAAAACCGGUACAAUCCAGCUCUUCAAGAUCAUCACAACAAGCCGAAAGGGAAUUCUGCUUCACAGUAUCAAGAAUGUGAAGAGACAGAUGACUGGAAUAAACCAGAUAGAACCGGUUCUGACCAGUUUCAUCCAGCUAUUGAUGUUGAAUCUGCAUUCCUUGAAGACGCCCUUAGUGUACACACAGAGGCUGAACGGGUGUUGAGUCCCGAAAAAUGGCCAAUAGACGAUCAAGCCAUCGAUGACAUCAUCAUUAGCCAAUCAGACAGCUCGCAGGACCAAAACAGCACCAUGGACAAUGAUAGGCUAGGGUAUAUGGUUGACGAAUCACAGUCACAUAACCCUGGACAAAUACACACACACAACCCUGGACAGACACACAGACACAACCCCGGACACAGCCCAAUGCAGACACCAACAUACCACCCUGAGCAGUACAUCGCUUCGGUGCAUCGUGUGGAAGAGCUGGUCAUAAAGAGCCCUUUACCACCAUGGGAUAGUCACGUCUACUCGCUGCCAUCAUUCCACAAUCAACUUGGCUGCCCCCUGAACCAGAAAAGAUUUGAUUCAGAUUACGAAGGACAUCCCUAUUCAGUCUUUCGACAGGAUUCUAACUGCCACCCAGAUGACGGCCUUCAGUCAAGGUCAAUGUCUUCCCAUCAAAGCCAACAAGAAGACGAGCUGUACUCAAAAAGGACUAACAGUUAUGACGACAAACAUUUUAUUGGCCGGAGUUUGGAUACAUUGUCAGGGAGCCAAAGAGACCAUCCUGUCGACAACAGGUGGUUGGGAAGUGGUUCUGGAAGUACCUUCUCUGAUGAUGGUAGAGCGAGCUUGUACAGUCAUGUAACUAACCCUGACAAUCACUCCUGGGAAGUCAACUCCUCGUCUCAGAGUGAACUUUUCUCACACAGAUCAGAUUCACAUCAUCUUAGCAAACACAACCUUGUCUCUGAUAAAAACCAACCAAUGUCACAUUAUGCAAGGAACUCAUCAGGGAAAAAUCGGAACCACAACUUGCCGUUUUCUACCUCAUCGUUAAGGUCAACUGGUGUUUAUCCAAGUCCAUCAGAUGACAGUUUUGUUUAUCCUCAUCAAAGUAGCAGUUCUAGUCUCUCUGACUCGGCUGAUGUUGCCGAUGUUGAUCUUCGAGAAUUAGAUAAACUAGAUGAUGCAGACCUUUAUAGACUGUCUGAGGCUGAUGAUUUUAUUCAUUUGAAACCUAGGGAGGGUCUGUACACAAGAUGUACUCCAGUUAAAGAGAACAAGAGGUUUCAAAAGGAGAGCGGGUCAACGAUGAGGUCAAUGGAUGAUGAUGAACCUGACAAGGAAGAUGGCAAAGAAAAGGAUGAAAGUGAAGAGGUCAAGGAUGUCCAUGAGAUAAGAGGUCUGUCCAAAAACUGGAACAACAACAACCUUGAUGAUGCCAACAGGAUUCCUUCUCGACGAAAAAACCAACAAACUCUUGCAUCCAAUUCCAAGGAUGUUAGGCGGAGAAAGCUCCAUCUUGGACAUGGAGUAGAUUCAGUAGUAGACUCUGAGGAGAAGCUCAAUGAUGUGACAAAGGCCCCAACAUCAUGGAGGACUAACGAGGAUAAGAAAAGACCAAGUGCUAAGAAGGAUUUAUCAGACAACCGAAGUGUGGUAAAAUCACCCGUUAAGUUUCAUAACAGAUCAACUUCCCCGCUUCAGCUGCCAAUCAAUCCAAGUGAUAUAUUCACAGAUGAAAAUCUUAUUGAUGCUGCUCUCUCAAACCAAAUGCAGUCUAAAGUGUUUCUGACUCAUCAGGAAGGAACAACAGAUGCAUUUUUACUACAAUAUGGAUUGCAGUCAAAUUUACCAUUACUUGGUCUCAGAAACUCAAGAGAAGGGCCAUCAGCAAAAGCUCAGCUUUUUUACCCUCUUCCCAAAAGGGACACCAAAGUUAGUGAUCCCACCUCUGACACCAAAUUAUCUCCACUGCGACAUUCCCACCCAGGAAGUCCAGGUACCACUCUGAAAUAUGAAGAUCUUGCCCUGAGUAUCUCCCCGAAGCACUUCAGGAAAAAUGUGGAAAAUGAAGUGGAUUUGUCAUCUGACCAGUCCAGAGUGAACAGCAGAAAGGUCCGUAUUGGUUCAGCAACUACUACCCAUGCAACACAUAGAUCAGCAUCUACAGAAUAUGCUACAAGGGUUGCCAAAAGUGUCCCAAACAAUGAGAGUCAGUUUUUGCCUGCGAGAGACCAGAGUAGAAAUUCGAUACAGGACAAAAUUGCUGACAAGAUGCUUCAAAAAAACAAAAAUACACGCCACCCAACUAAGGUUCCGCAGAUAGUAAAGUCUAAGAGGGUCCCUAAGCAAAGGAACGUCCCUAUGGAAGCCGCAUCUAAGAGCCAUAGCAGUACCCUGUCACUAUCCAGCAGUCGUAGUCCAAGAAGAACGUUCUCUAUCCUCUGGGCCUUCAAGAUUCUGGACAUUCUCCACAGUGCCCCACCAGAGACCCAUGAACAUCUUGUCACUCAGUUAUACUGGUUCAGACGAUGGCAUCGUAAUGUUCGAUUGAUGAAAGCGCACCAAGCAGAGACUGAAGAGCAAUGGGACAGAGCUGUACAUCACCACCGAACCAAUCUACUCUGGAGAAGCCUCAAUGCCUGGCAGCAAGCCCCUCCAUCUCACAAGAGGGCAGCAGACCAGCUCAGGCAGAAACAUCUGCUGCGUAAAGGGCUACGAAGCCUCCGAUGGUCUGCGAUGAAGAGCAGACUGGAGAUAGAGGGCGCUGCAAAGAAACACGUUGAGAAAACGCUGGCACAUCAUUUUAGCAUCUGGAAGGAGCUCCAUCAGGUACGAACUGAGCAUGCUCAGCUCCUGGAGAAACUAACGAGACACCAUUCAGUUUCUAAGACGUUCCGGACGUGGAAAGAUCGCUACAGUAUGGUCCAGAAAAGGGGAAUAGCCAAGCUACACUUCAAAGUAAGCCUUCUGAAUCAAGGCUUCCAUUACUGGAAGAUGUUCACCACUAACUCCAAGGUCAAAGGUUAUCGCAUUGAGAUGAGCCGAGUACAUCGUGAGGAGAGGGUCCUGAAGACGGCCUGGUGUACGAUCAAAAUGGUCUAUGCACGGACCCAGCAAGCUAAAGAACACUACAGCCAAAAACUGCUGUCUAUUGUCGUGCAUACCUGGUUGCGAGGUGCGAGCCUCGCCAAAGCCGAACGACACCAGCAUCAUAGCCAAGCCCUAGAGUUGAGACGUUAUGGGCUCAUGAGGGCUCACUUCAAGCGCUGGAUGGAAGAACUGACUGUGGUACGCGUGAAGCAGAGGCUGGACAUCGUACGAUUACGAUACGUCUGGGAGUUAUGGACGCUCCGUAUGCAGAGGAAACAACUUUAUCGUCAGAUUAUGGACUCCCAGGCCCGUAAGGUUGCUAAGCAACACCAUUUCAACAGAUGGAGGUUGGUUGCUAGGAGACAGAAGGAUGCAGCGACUAAGGCUGGUCUUAUCUUGAGGCACUUGUAUCUCAAGAUGGUCUUCAGGGCAUGGAGGAAUCAUAUCAUCAGAGAACGCGAUCUACGGGACAGUAUGACGGCUCUGAUUCACAGCAGCCAUGUUGUGUCGAAGCAGAAAGCUCUUCAUACCUGGACAUCAAGACUACGAGAGCGUCAGGCUAGGGAGGAAGCCCACAAGGUGUGGUCCAUGGGGUGUGUCAAGAAAGCUGUCAGAUGCUGGAUGGAAAGGGUGCGGUUUCAACGAAUGGAGAGGAAGUUAGCACAGUUUCAGCCGGUCCAUCAAAUGCAUAUUCAACGAGAUGCAUGGAAGAAGUGGUCUCAUGAGUUUCGCCUUGCUGUGCGUAACCGCAAGAGGGCGCUGUCAGCUCAACAAACCCUUCUCAGGAAUCGGUUGCUGAGGCUUGUGUUGUCAUGGCGACUCCUCGUGAGGGAAUCUAAAACUAUCGCUCCGUUAUUAGAGAGGAAGACUUUCAAACAACUUGCUGGUUUCUUUGAUGCCUGGAGAGGUGUUGUUAUCCGACGGAAAAGAUGUGAGAAAUUCAAGAAGUUACGUUUGGAGAACACUGUGGAUGAUGCAUUUAUCAACUGGAGAGAGCAGACCGAAGCGAAGAAGAAAGUCCGCUUCGUUAGGAAAGCUCUUCUUAUUUCCAAGCUAGAGAGAACAUUCUCUGGCUGGAGGGAUGUCGUUCAACGCACAGCCAACUUAAAGGGUUUCCAGCAGGGCCAGCGAGAUGCCUUGGUGAGAGGGUUGUUUGAAUCCUGGAGGGGGACUAGUGAGGGACGAGCUUUGGACCGGGAAAUGGAGCAUGGUGAUAGGGCUAGAGAAACUCUUCUGAUGAUGCACUACUUCAGAGUUUGGGCCGAGAAUUCCCAUCAACAGAGGGAAACUGAAAGAAGUCUGGUAUCGAGGUGCAGAGAUGCACGCUCAACUAGAGCAGUAAAGCAAGCUUAUGAGAGCUGGAGGAGGCAGUUGCUAGUCCACAAUAUUCUCAGGGAUUUUCUUGAUGAGCGGCAGGUUCAUCUCCUUCAUCGUGUCUUCCAGGCUUGGCAUACAGAUACUAGAUCAUCCUACCUUCAACUCACACAGAGAUUCAACCAAGCUUACGAGGUCAUGGGUGUAGGAUUCCCGAACGACGUCGGCAGUCCCAAGUUGUCUCCUUCAGCUGUCAAUCUGAACCUCUCUCAGAGUAUCUCUCAGAGUAGUAGUAGUGGAGGAUCUCAGGGUCUACCGGCAGUCUUCUCAACGUCUGACAGCGGCUUCUAUGGAAACGAGCUUCUCAUGAGACAAGGGGGUCAGAGCAGUGAACCGGAGUUUCCGCAGUUGCCGGCUAGAGGUCUCCGAGAUCGGAGUAGCAUCCACUCUGACAAAUAUCUUGGAUCAAGCAUCCAGGAAGCGCCGCUUCAUGCCGACAGGUUCAGUGAGCUUCAAGAUGUUUCUGCUGGAAGGCAUGGCCUUACAGAGUCUUCUGAUGAAGAUGUUUAUCCAGAUGAACUACCAGUACAGUUGAGAAGUUCCAGAUUGAAGGGGCUGUCUCAGCAAAAUAAGAAACUACAACUCCCCCAGGCCUCAAGUAGACUAGAGGCUUCACCACAGAGUAACAUUGGAUCUCUUUCUCCAGUGACCAACAAGCGGAUGUCCUUUCCGAAGCGGCGUGCAAGUUUAGACCAAACAAUGCUCAUGAAGACGCAUGCUGAACAAACACCUACAAUAUUUUCCUCGGUGAAGCGGCCUCUUGGUAUGUUGGGUCCGACCCGUAGAUCCAGCGUUGAUCAAGGUCUUCUGUCGUCUCAGACGGUUCUCAACCACCUCAGGAACAUCCAUAGGAAGUCCCAGACUGAGAAUCCAAUAUUGACAUCCAUGGAUGAAAGCCAGGAAUACCAAUUAACAGAGAAGCAGAAAUCCUCGUCAAGACGUCACAGUCAGUUUGACUCCCCUCCUCCACUGAGCCCUGACGCUUCAGGGUAUCAAACCCCUACUCGUUCUCGUCGGAUACCGAUCCCAUUCAACAUGAUGCAACCUAAAGCCUUCAUCCAUCCCAUCGCCCAAACAGCUUCCCAAUCUACCUCAUCGCCACUCUCACUCACACCAAGAACCAUGUCACCAAGACCCUCCUUCAGCCCCUUAUCCAAGUCCCAAUCCCCUCCAAGUUCCCAUUUCCAGGCUCUCUCAGAGAGACUCUCCCCAAUGGAGGAUCACCCAGAGAGCCGACGCUCUUCUAUCUCUGAUUGUAGCAGCUUACCGGAGAGCAUUCAGGACAGUGAAUUGUUAGAGAAUGACUUGUGUCAGUCGGCGACAGCGUCUGAUUAUGCUCCGAGUGUCGUCUCAGAAGGUGCUGCUCUUUUUGCUCCUCUCAUUGAUCAGAGGACCUACUUGAGAUCCAUCAUCCUCCACUGGCGGCUGUGGCCAGCAAGUAUAGCCUUCAACCAAUGGCUGGACUACACUCGCUACCGUCACAAUCUACGAGAGCUCGCCGAUCAGGCUAACGAUAUGUUCCAUCAGACGAGACUCCGUCAAGUCUUGUUUACUUGGCAGAGAAGAUGUUACGUUGAGAAGGCAGCUACGAACCAUUGGGAGUCAAAGACCAAGGUAGAGCAUCUUCAAGCUUGGGUGCAGUAUCAUCGAAAGAGCAAACAGUCUGAGAAGAACAAAGCCAAGGCCAAGGAGGUGUCUAAUACCAAGAGACUAAGCCAAGCCUAUAACAUCUGGAAGACGAAGUACAAGAAACACAAGGCAGUUCUUUGCAUCGUCCACAACUGGAAAGGCCACGUCAAGCAGACAGUGAACCUAGAAGGUCGUACUAAAGACUUGCGUCAACAGAUUGGGAAACGGAGUCUGCGUAUUUGCUUCUCAAUGUGGCAGAAGCGCACCUGGCAGAUCUUAGAAGUCACGGCACACCGUAAUCGAGUGGUUGCUAAAAGGUGUUUAAUGUCUUGGGCAUCAUGGAGUACAGAGAACGCAGAGAGAGUGCAGAAGCUUCAUGUAUUCAGGAUCCGUAGAGUCAAACACCUGGUCUUGCAUCACUGGCAUUCACAGCAACUUAAACUCCACGCAGCGAGGGAGUUCCAUCGUCGGGCAGUGGCGUCUCGUCUUCUUGAGAUCAUGACCAAGUGGAGAGAGUACAUCACUGCUAAGCAACAUCGGGAGGCUGAAGUAGAGAAGAUGCUGCAGGAGAGGCUGGAGACUUUGAUACGGGAGACUUGGGAAGACUGGAAGAGACAGACGAGAACAUCACAACAGAUGAAACAGAUCUUCCAUCGAAAUUUGGGAGCCAGGUGUAUGCGAGCAUGGCGCCAGCAUACCAUCCAGCAACGCAACCUCCAUCUUGCUGAAUCUAUCACUAAGAGUAAGAAUGAAGCUCGUAUCCAGGGGGUCGCCAUGCGAGCGUGGUACCAGGCAUAUCAGGCCAAUCAGCUCGCUCAGCAGAUGCAGGAUUCACUGAAGGAGAAACGUGUUAAGGAAGCGUUUAAAGAUUGGAGGAAAUCUGUGCAGCAGUGUCGCAGUGACAAGUUCAGAGAGAGGAGCUUGCUGAAACGAACUUUCCAAGACUGGAAAUCUAGCUUUGUCAAACAGAGGUCGGCAAGAUCGAGUCUACUAAAAAUUGCCCAGCAUUGGAGGAAACUAACACAAAGAUCAAAACAUUUGGACCAAUCAGUGGCCUCCUACCUUGCCCAACAGAAUAGGAUGAGACAGAGGCAGGCAUUGAACAGCUGGAGGUCGUCAUGGCAACAGCAGAGGAAGGCAACAGCUUAUUGGGGUACAGUGAUACUUAGAAGGUGUAUUGAUGCAUGGCAUAAAUAUUCUGCGACUCAGAAGGAACGAAGGGAUAAACUCAAGCUUUAUCAAGAGGAGAAACGUCAGAAAAUGGCUUCGUCGAUGUUCAAAAGAUGGCAGAAAGACUUCCUCCGCUCUAGAGAGCUUGAACGCAGACUGACUGGACUCAGCCAACAGAGGGCAGCAGAGACACUACAUCAUGUGGUGCAGUCGUGGCAUCAUGUUACCAUGGAAACUAAUGCUGUGAAACAACAUCACAGUGUUGUACAAUCCCAGGCGUGGAUACAGUGGCAGAAAUCUCUCAAUAACAACAGACGAGCAACGGAGAUGGCUGAUGCUAAAAAGAACCAGAUGAAAAGGGUUACCUUCAGGAAACUGACGAACUGGAGCAAAGCCAGGAAGUCCCAAAAGUCUUCCCAUCUUUCAGUCCAGUCCCAGCUUUGUCUACAUUCUGUCAAAGCUGCUUUCAUUCUGUGGCGAUCAGAGACUCUUAAGAAAGUCAAGGCAGUUACUCAUGCUGACCUCGUCUUGCAGACCAAGGUCAUGAAGGAGUGGGCUGUUGUUGUUAGACGGAGGCUCGCUCUGCGAAGACUCAAAGAAACCGUGGAGAAAAAAUCAGCAGCACUGAAACUGCAGAUGGCGACACGCGUCUGGAAGGAACACUUCCAACGUACAAAGCAACUGAAACAGCUCCUAGAGGGUGCCCUCUUGUGUCGAGACCAGGGCAUCUUGAACGAGGCGUUUAUCCACUGGAGGAAAGAGGCUGCCACAAGGCGUGCUGUAAAGCACCGGAAUGGUGCAUUGUUGAAACAGGGGUGGGCCAUGUGGCGGAUGAGGGUGAGAGAGAAAGUUCUUGAGAGACAGUUUGAGGAGGAUAUGGGAGAAGUGGCAGAGGAACACUAUAAUUCAUGGCUAAGUAAGACUGUUCUGGGAUUGUGGCUCACUGAGGCAAGGGUGGGCAGGCUCCGGAAGAAACAUGACAACCGCCUUGCCAAGAAAUAUGCCCAGAUCUGGAAGAAUGGGUCUAAGAUGGAGGAGAUUGCAACACAACUUAAUAUCUACUGGUCAAUGCAGAGAACCUGGGUCAUAUGGAGACGACAUAUGAUCCAGACUCUCAUGGCUAAAACACUACAGAAACACACUGAGAAGCAAAUGAAGGAACAGACCUUCAAAGCUUGGCAGAAGCAGGGUAGACACAACAAUAACAAUGGUCUACGUAAGGAUCUUCUGAAUCGAAGACUACACAUGGCCUUUAGGGUCUGGCGGGAGAAAACGCAGUGUGGGAAUAAGUCUCGCAGUUCAAGUAUUAGUAACCACUCAUCAUCGGCUGGAUACACCAGCUCGUCUGGAGCGAGCGAAUUGGCUGGAAUAUGGUUUAAUGCUCAGAGGACUGGGGCAGUCUAUGGGGAUGGGAGUCCAGCCUCACAGUGACAUGUUUGGUCUGGUGAUUUGCAUUCUGUGUCUCCAUCGAAUGGAAAUCAUUGAUAUGGAUUCAGCUGUGUUUCAUGGGGGGGGGAGUUUACUACAUGGGAUUUAGAUAAUGUGCAGAGGACUGCGACUUUCUUUAAGGAUGGGGGUCCAGC